AUGGGGACGAGCUCGAAGAGCAUCAGCGCUGCUUUCAUGCGAACGGAUCGAGAAAAACGGGUGAGCCAAGUGAAGGUGAUGUCGGUUCGCCAGAGCUUUCAAAAAGCUUACUUGCUUGUCCACCACGCAACCAAGCGCAAUUUGUCAGUACGAGCUGCGAUCGUACUCAUCAAGCAAGAACCUUCCAGGAUCUGUCCAGGAGCGUUGCCCGUGAUCAGUCUGCUGCAGCGCAAUGAGACAGCCGUGUUUGAGCCUGCAAUGGUGACGUCCUACAAGCAAGUCUUGUAG